AUGCUUUUCGCCGCUCGUCAUUUCGUUGCCCGCGCACCCGCCGCUCUCCGCGUGGCCCCCACCCCUAUCAACUCGGCUUCGCGACUCUUCACCUCAUCUGCUCUCCGAUUCGCUGCCGGUCCCCCCGUCAUCCAGGGUGACGGCGCCAAGGAUGGUGAGAUUCCCACCGAUGAGCAGCAGGCUACCGGCCUUGAGCGUUUCGAGCUUCUCGGAAAGCUCAAGGGUGUCGAUGUUUUCGACAUGGAGCCUUUGCAGAUGACUCACCUCGGCACCACUAAGAACCCUAUCAAGGUCCAAAGCUUCUGGCCCUCGCGUAUCGUCGGAUGCACCGGUUACCCCGCAGACUCUCACGACACCAUCUACCUCCACCUCAACAAGGAUCUCAAGCACCACCGAUGCCCCGAGUGCGGAAGUGUCUACGAGAUGAACUUCGAGGGUGACGAGCACGCCGGUCACCACUGA